GUCCAACUUGCCAACCAGUCAAACAAGAGAACCUCCAAAGAAACUCUCAUCCACUCCAACCAUUUCUUCUUCUUCUUCUUCUUCUUCUUCUUCAAUCCAAAGCUCUCAAUCCAAACCAUCGACCAUCCAUGGCGUCCAACGAGCCCCACCACGACGGCCUCACCGGCGCCUUCUACGGCCCCAACAUCCCUCCUGAAGUCCCACCCCCAAAUGUUCAUCGCCCCAAACACCGCCGCCACGAAUUCAAACCCUACACUCUCCUCUGCACCGCCUUCAAGAUCUUCACCCUUGUUCUCAUCACCAUCGGCAUCAUCGUCCUCUGUCUCUGGCUCAUCUACCAACCCCAAACCCUCAAGAUCCACGUCCAAUCCGCCAAUCUCACCCUCUUCAAUCUCUCCGCUUCCAAUCUCACUCUCUACUACAAUCUCUCCGUCAAUCUCACCGUCCGAAACCCUAACCAGAAGUACAAUCUCUAUUUCAAACGCAUCGAAGCUGACGCUUUGUACAAUGGUCCCAGAUUUGAUUUCUUGCUCCUUCCUUUGUAUAAACAAGGGCGAAAGAAUACCACUACUCUUGUGUUCCGGUUUCAAGGUCAAAACUUGGUUAAUGGCGAUACGGUGAGGAGUACUUUUGAUAGGGAGAAGGGAGAGGGUUGGUUUUAUAUAGAUCUGAAGAUGUAUUUGAAGGUGAGGUUGAAGAUGCUUAUUGUCCAGUCUGUGGAGUAUAGGCCUGAUGUUUCUUGUUCCUUGAGGUUGCCGGCGCCGGGGAACUCCACCUCCGCCGCCGCCGGAUUCGCUGUCACUGAAUGUAAUGUUGAUUCUCUCUCUUAAGUUUCUUUGAUCGCCGCCGCCGCCGCCGCCAAAGAUGGAGGAAGAUGAUUGGUUUUU